AUGAAAUACACAUACUCAGUACCAGUGGAGGGUUCGGAAGAAGAUGGUUACACCGCCGUUUACCGUAACCCGAAUUACAAGGAUAAAUUGCUAUCCUGCGAAGAUUACUUUGAUGGGAAAAUACAAACAGGAUGGGAUGUGUUCCAGAGAGGACUGAGUCUCUCAGAAAACUCGCCCUGCAUAGGCAAAAGAACAGUGAAGGAAGGAGUUUUGGGAGAUUUCGAGUACCUGACGUACAGAGAAGUGGAAAAAAUGGUGAAGGACGUGGGAAGCGGCCUGCUGCACCUGAACAAGUUCAAGGAGGCGACGCUGAAGGAGUUCAACGACACCAAGGUCAAAAUGCUGGGAAUUUACUCAGUUAACACGCCAGAAUGGCUGAUGUGCGAGCAGGUGUGCAACGCAUUCGGCCUAACACUGGUGCCUCUGUACGAUACACUGGGAGAACAGUCGACGGAAUACAUACUAAACACAACAGAGUUGAGCGUGGUAGUGUGUGACAAUAAAUGCGCAUUUAAGCUCCUGAACCUUAUGCCGAGGCUGAACAACAGUUUGAGUCUGGUAGUAGUAAUAGGAGUCGACAACGUGGACCCAGGACUUAGCUACAAAAACGUGACCUUCAUGACGUGGAACGAAGUGGUGCAGCGCGGAAGGAAUAACCCGCGAGAGUUUACGCCAGCGAAACCGACGGACGUAAACACAAUAUCAUACACAUCAGGAGUCUCAGGAGUGCCCAAAGGAGUAAUAGUGUCGCAGCAUCAGCACACCUCACUUGUAGUAAUAGUGAAUAGAAUAGUCUGCGACUAUAAAACGACGGAAAUCGACAGCCCGAGAGUGCACUUGAGCUACCUGCCGCUGUCUCACAUGUACGAAAGAUUGUACAUCUCAUGCUCGUAUAUUGAAGGGAGCGUGGUGGGAGUCUUCUCAGGAGACGUUAAAAACGUGCUCGACGACAUCAAGACACUUAAGCCAAACGUGUUCCCAUCAGUGCCCAGGUUAUACAUGAGAAUACACGACAAGGUCUUCUCAACAGUCUCGCAGAAAAACUUUCUGGUGAAAAUGCUUUUUAACAUGGGACUAAACUCGAAGCUGAAGAAGAUUAAAAGGUCGGGAGAAGUAACACACAGGGUGUGGGACAAGAUACUCUUUAAGAAGUUUAAGAGACUGCUGGGAGGGAACGUGGAGUGGAUGCUGACAGGGUCAGCACCACUGUCGCCAAAAGUGUUCGACAACAUAAGAGCACUGUUCUCAAUACCUCUAAUUUCAGGAUAUGGGCUCACAGAAACAUGUGCAGGGGCGUUCCACACGGAAAAAUACGACAGUGACUCAAGUCACGUGGGAGGACCAGUGCCAACGAUGGAAUUCAGACUAAAGUCACUUCCAGACUUUAACUACUACGUAACGGAUAAAAAUCCAAGGGGAGAGUUACUUUUGAGAGGCUAUAACAUAGUGAAGUCGUAUUACAGAAGCGAUGAAACAAACAGAGAGUCCUUUGAAAAUGGAUGGUUUCUAACGGGAGAUAUUGCAGAGCUUCUUCCAAACGGCGCCAUUAGAAUAAUAGAUCGCCGCAAAAACAUAUUUAAGCUGUCACAGGGAGAGUACAUAUCACCUGAAAAGUUGGAGGCGAUAAUAACAGCAGUGCCAGUAGUGUGCCAAGCGUACGUAACAGGGAAAUCAGAAUACUUGAACCCAGUAGCAGUAGUAGUGCCAGAUGAACUAGAGCUUGAAUUAUGGGCGAAAAAAAACAAUUGCAGCAAGAUGUCGAGAAAGGAAGUAGCAAGCUCAAAACAGUUUAAAGAUUUCCUAACUAACGAAAUGAAAAAGGUGUUUGAUACAAGUGGAGUAAAGGGGUUUGAAAAGGUUAAAACGUUCCACAUCGAUGAUGAGCUGUUUGCAAUAGAAAACGACCUGUUAACGACAACGAAUAAACUCAAGAGACUUGAAAAGGUGGAAUAUAGGAUGGAAGAUGAAGAAAAUAAGUUAAAUAUAGCUAAAAUAUCAGGAAUCGUAAAAGAUGGAGACAUAACAGCGUGUAAAACGCUCAUCCUGAACGAUGGAGGAAUCACACAAGUGGAGGACCUGUAUUCGAUGAAAUCACUGGAAAAGGUGACACUGUGUAACAAUAAAAUCAGAGACAUGAGCGUGCCAAAUAUAUCAAAGUUAGUCAAUUUGGAGGUGCUUAUUUUGAGUCACAAUAACAUAGAGAGCUUUAAGUCACCUAACACGUUUAUGAAUAAGUUGAAAAAAAUAACACUGAGCCACAACAAGUUGAGAGAAUUUCCAAUAUCAGACAAGUACCCAGUGUUAGCUGAGCUGAGGUUGAAUUCGAAUAAGAUUCUUACCUUGCCGAACAAUCUAGAGCUGUAUUCAUGUCUUAAGAUACUGGAUUUGGGGAAUAAUCAAAUAGUGAACGUAAGGGGACUGUAUAAACUGAGUAACCUGAAGGACCUUAACCUAUCGAAUAACCCAUCGGUAGACGUAAAAGAGGUGCUGAGUAACCUGAAACAGCUGAAAAUAUACAAUUCGCAUCCAAUAGAGUAUUAUAAGAAGGGUGAUAGUGACGGUGUGAUUAGUGCAAGUAACAGUGAUAGUAACUUAGCCGGUGUUAAGAGUACUGAAGCCACCAGUGGAGCUAAUACUAAUAGUUACGUAAGUAGUAGUAUCGAAAGUAAGAAUAAUAAAAAUAAGCGUGUAAGAAGGAGAAGGGGGCUAGUGACGACAGAUUUAAAUUUAAUUAACACCGCUGAAGUUAGACCAGCAGUAUUUUUAUCAUCAAUGGGAUAUAUCGCCUGUGAAUCACUAGUGUUUAAGCACGAAGAUAGCUAUUACCUGGAUACACUGAGGUUAAAUUGCAGUGCUCUGUUACAUAUUUUGAAGAGGAGGAAACUGGGAUCAAAAGUAAACAUAGGCUUAAUUGGGUCGCAAGUAUAUGUUGAGCCGCCAGCGGAGAUAAGGAGUCUAGUAGAAGAUGGUGCUACGAAGAGUGAAGACGUGCUGAGGUUUUUGGAUGUUAGAAACAGGUUCUUCGGAAAUCGCUACUACAGGUUGCUGGACGCAACGACUGUGGAAGAGGCCACUAAAGGGGCUAGUACGCCCAGUAGCGAGGAUGUGGGACCAUAUGAAAAAACAAUGUUGCUAAACUGCUUCCUGUUAGACUUUUUAUUUAGCAGUAGUGCUAGUGCUAGUACCACGACUAGAGUCAGUGCCAGCAAGGUAAUGUUGUUCGACUUGAACUUGGAUAAGUUUAACUACAUCAACCACAACAAGGGCUGCUACGUAGGCCAGGAAACAGUGAACAGAAUAUUGAAUAAAAUACUAAUAAAUAAGUAUAGAAUGUAUUUACUGAUAAACAAGGAAGGUAUUGAUGACACUACCAGUGAUACUAAUAUUAGUGGUACCGGUAGCAGUGUGAUGGAGGAAUUGAGCGAGUUGAAGUUAGUUGAAUGCCUAAGGAAGUCGCACGGCAACUGUGAUAAACGAGGUAUGUACGUGUUUAUUAAAAAGAUAAUGAGCGACUUGAGACCGGUGGUUUUAAGCAAGGUUAGCAGUAGUGACAAGGGGUUGAUCGACAGUAAAAAGUUAAUACUGCUGACGUUGUUUGAUGACUUCGGAUUUGUCUUACUGAAUCGGAACACGGAACUUGGUGAAAUAAAUAUAAACAGUAGGUUAUACUCAUUACACCCAGUAACAUAA